AUGGACCCCCCACAGAGGGCUGUGGGUCUGGACCCACCAGGGAACCUGGUCUUCACUGUGGUCAAACCCAUGGUGGGCCUUCUCCAAGUGUCCGCAGCUGAGACUGGUCCCAGCGGCUCCAUGGGCCUUCAGACCCAGGACCAGGGCCUUGUGUCACACAUGUCGAAUCCAGGCCUGGUCUCGCACAUGGUCCAGUCGAAUCCAGGCCUGGUCACGCACAUCGUCCAGUCAAAUCCAGGCCUGGUCACCAACAUGGCGGUCCAGAUGAAUACUGAGAGGGCUGAGGUCCAGGAUCCAGGUCCAGAGCCGGUGCUAAACCAGAACCAGGAUUUGGAACCUGACCCGGCUGAGAACCAGAACCAGGACUUUGGAGCAGACCCAGGUCAGUCCGGUGUGGGACACCUGCCUUUUGCUGAGGUGGCUUCACUCCUGGAUCCAAACAUGAAAGGCUCCAAAGCAAGAAAGUUCCUGAUCUCGUAUGAGGAGAUUCGUCGGCGUCUUCUGCCUCCAGAGAAGAUGUCUCUGCGUUCCAUCGCGGCUUACACUCGUGUGAGCAGAGGCCCGGCCCGAAAGAAGACUCUGCAGGACACUCUGAGGACUCUGGGACUGUCCCCUGGGACCACAACUGCUGUGUCCUCCUCCUUCUCCAAACUCACAGAGGGAGACACCAGAUCUCUGUGUGAGGACAUGAGGGACUUCUCGCAGGAGUACAUUGAUUAUGAGGCUGUGGCAAAACGUCUGAUCCCCAAAGUGAACACAGUCCAGCACUGGUCCAAGAUCAUCGAGACCAGGAACCAUCUGGAAGACCUGCGGCAGUGUUUGCUGGACCCGUCGCUCUCUCAGUCCUUCGACAGCGUCACACAUGGUCUGGGUCUGGGCAUGGUCCACGUGGUCCUGGACCUGGUCUCCUCUGUGAUCCAGGCCCAAGUCCGGAUCCUGUCGGGCCCCGAGAAUCCCGAGCUAACAGCGGACACAAACGCUAACGCUACCAUGACGCAACGCAAGCGCAAACUCUGCAGGCGCCACGGCAACGGCAGCCAAGGAGCGGCAGCUAUUUUGAAGAGUCAAAGACGGAAAAAGAGGAGACAAAAUGGCCAACAGGGGGAGGAGCUUCAGGCUGCAGUACCACCACAGCAGACAGAGGGCAGUAAUGUGCUGCUACUGACUGUGGGAUAUGAGGCUGUGUCCAGUGAACUCAACACCAGCGGAGACUGA